AAAGUGCACAAUACGACUUGUUUUGGUUCAUAUUGCAGCUAGGCAGGAAAAUAUCGUAGAUCCAAGGUCCACCACGGCAUUUUAUCUUGGAAGUAAACCCUCUGACACACUGCUAAAUAUACUGCUAGAAAACUCCUCCUCUGUGUGUUUCAUCGCCACCCCUUUUGACAAGCGCAAGCCCCCGCGAUUCGCUCCUACUGAGUCUAGAAGCUAACCGAACUGCCAGCUUCACCCAUGUCCUCUGAGGAAGGCUUGAGUUCAACGAUCACGGAUUGGCUUUUSUUCAGUUCCUGGUGGCUCCUUUUGCCUUUCAUUAUGCUUCUAGUCGUUGUUGCAUUCGUCGUUGCCUUCGUGUUGCUAUUAUACAUGAUAUCCCCUUUGAUUAGCCCCAAACCUCUCAAAUUAAAUGGGGCCCACGUCGUGGUCACUGGAGGUUCCAGUGGAAUAGGGAAAAGCAUUGCUAUGGAGUGCUACAGACAAGGAGCCUUCAUCACACUAGUGGCAAGAGACGAGAGUAAAUUGGUUCAAGCGAAAAAAGAAGUGGAGAAAUGUGCCAUUAAUGACAAGCAGGUGGUGCUCUGCAUAUCAGUUGACGUGUCCAAGGACUACAGACAGGUGGAAAGUGUGAUUAAGCAGUGUCAAGAAAAGCUUGGUCCGGUGGACAUGCUGGUGAACUGUGCUGGGACAUCCUUCUCUGGGAAGUUUGAGGAGGUGGAGGUGGAGCGCUUCAGAAGUAUGAUGGAGGUGAACUACCUGGGCAGUGUGUAUCCCACACGGGCUGUAAUCACCACAAUGAAGGAGCGUAGGAUGGGACGCAUCAUGUUUAUCUCCUCCCAGGCUGGCCAGAUCGGCCUGUUCGGCUACACAGCCUACUCUCCGUCCAAAUUUGCCCUGCGUGGGCUGGCUGAGUCCCUGCAGAUGGAGAUGAAGCCAUAUAACAUUUAUGUAACGGUGGCCUACCCCCCUGACACUGACACUCCAGGACUAGCAGAGGAGAAUAGGACAAAGCCCUUAGAGACUAGGCUGAUCUCUGAGACAUCUGGGGUGACUCAGCCGGAGCAGGUGGCUAAGAUCGUUGUCAAGGAUGCAGUGCAGGGGAACUUUAACAGCUCUGUGGGGCCUGACGGCUACAUGCUCUCAGCUCUCACCUGUGGAAUGUCACCAGUCACCUCCAUCACAGAGGGCCUCCAGCAGAUUGUAACCAUGGGGCUGUUCCGGACCAUUGCYCUGUUCUACCUGGGGAGUUUUGACAGCAUUGUGCGUCGCUGUAUGAUCCAGAGGGAGCAGGCCAAAGCAGCGGACAAGAGGGAGUAACAACCCCCCCCCCCCUUCCAUCCUCCACUAUUAUAGCCACUGGAGAACUCACCCCAGCCAGCCCUCCCCUCCCCUCCAUUCCUUAGAGGGCACAACCCUGGACAGGCUAAAUGGCCAGAUAUCUCGUGCGCCAGUGAUAAUACCGAAGUAAAGAAAAUGGCGGGUGUCCUGUUACUUAUUAUGUAACGCAUAUAAUUCUUGGCAGUUAUUUUGUUUGUCCACCUUUUUUCAUCAUUCCAGUGAUAUUGUUUACUCAAGUGCUCUGUGAAACGUUUUAAUUGUAACUGUAUACCUGCUUUUAUUGUUAAGGCUGCUCUACCCCAGGGUCUAUGAGGGCAGACUAAACACUACUAGCUUGCUGUUAAAGUAGGCCUUGUCAACACCUGAAACUUUAGCCUACUUUUGGGCCACCCUAUCCUCCUAUUUUUGUCCAUGCAGAGGAAAGUAAGGGAUUGCCAGUCUGACUGCUUAUGUCAGCAUGUUGACCUGCAAUCCCUUACCAAGAAUCAGAAGAAACAAGAACACUAACAAACCAUGUCAUACAGACCAUUUUGAGUAAGCUAUCUUUAUCACGUCAAACUACUGUUAUUUUCACCAAAUGUGUUCCUCUUUCCUUCCCAAGCUUUGCAGGCAAAGCUUCUCUUUAUUCACUCUGUGUCACCCGGUGCCCUUCCAUGUGCUGUUUAUGUAGAGUGAUGUAUUGGCCCGUGCUGUGGAUGCAUCAACAGAGCUUUGAUGUGAUUUAACAGUGAUGAGAGAGGGCAAAGCAAAAAUAUAAAUUUGCUUCCAGGAAAUUAUCAUCCAAGGCAUUUUUAGGUAAAAUGAUUGUAUGUGCAACUACGAGAGAAUGUGUGUGCUGUGUAGGAGCCGUGUGAAGAAGCCGAGGGGAAAGAUUUUAAUGCAGUGUUGUUACAAUGUGUUUAAAUGACUGACCAAACCUACUCCAGGGAGAGAGAGAAGCCAUUGGACACUGGUGGUGGCUGGGGAAAAAAGAAAAACCUCUAUUCCUCUUAUUUGCAUGCCACUUUCACAUUUGACUUGUGUUUCUUACCCGAGGUAGAAGCGGUAUGUAAAAGGUAGGCAUAGGACAGUCGUGCGAUGUAGUAUGAGAACAAAUCCGCUAACAUCUGAUGCCAGCCUCAUUCACUCUUUCCUGUCUUCCUAUGAUGUCUUAUCAGUUGUUGAUCUCUGUGUAUGUGUGAUCUGUGCACAUAUUUUGCCAUGUAGCAUCCAARUGGGGUCUGAUUAAAGUGAUGGGGUGGUGUCUGGACAAGGCGUGGGGUGUGACUCGCAGGUUCCAGCAAAGACCCUUCAGGCCUGGAGAGGGCACUAGAGCUCUAUUUUAUAUAGAGGCCAAGAGAUUAAGAGGGACUGGCAAACUCAGUCUGUGCAGAGCAACAUAAAGGAGCUAUGUGUGCUAUUGUAUUGUCUAAUUUUACAUUUCAUCCACAGUCACCAUGGACACUAUCCUAUACUCUCUUAACUGAGUGUAAUUUGUCUCAGUAAGUAUUCACAGUUCUUUCCUGAAGUCCUCUAACUCCAAGCCUUUUAAACAUCCCGUAUUUACCUUACCUUCUUACCUUCUCAACAUUCUGCUUAAUGGGGCGAGAAAAGAUCAAAUGUGAACUCAUGCAAGUCUUCCUUCCAUCCAUCAACUGUGGGCAGAAUGUACUGACCUUUAAUGCAAACCAUAGGCUACAAAUCAGAAAGUAUGCUUUUUUUAUCCACCAAUAUUUGAAUGCCAAAAUGUAUUAAGAGACCAUUUCUGUAAAUGCAAUGCAACUACUUGUGAUUUAUUUUGUUUGAUGUUGCUGGUCUGUACUAUCCUAGAAACAGUUUGUAGUUCAGCCAAGCACUACAAUUGUGGGGACCCAUUCCAAGCCUUAAGAGAAAACUACGAAUUAUGUUAAUGAUAAAAUAAUGGAAUUUAUUCACAGAAAAUAAUGUGGCUUAAGCCGCUUGUGGUUUACCAGUUAAUUUGAUUUUUCUGCGAAAAUGCCAACUGUUUUGGUGUAUUUUGUUUGUCAAUUUCAGUUUAGUUUUUGUACAAAAAGGCCUUACUCAAACCCAAAAUAAGAACGUGAGAAUGGAUGAUCCAACUCUGAGGUUCUCAUUUGACAUUGGUUCAAGGCACAUUGUCACUGUCCAGCGCUUAGUGUGUCGAUACCUGUCAUUUCCUCAUCUGUACAUUGUUAGCUUUGACUCACUGUCAUCUUUAGGUAGCAACACAUAUAUGUUGAAGUUUAUAGACAUUUGAUAUAAUAUGUAGCUCAUGGAAAAAGCUAUUUUGUUUGAACACAUUUUAAGCUUUGAAAAUCAAGCCUAUGCUUACAAUAUGUUAAAACACUACAACCAAGUUGUACCAUUGUUAAAAUGCUCAGUCACACUCUAGUUUUCCCAUUUGUUGGUGUUGUCCAGAGAUAUUUAAAAGAAGAUUAUAAAAUGUUUAAGUACAGUGCUACUGAAUAUUAUCAUUCUGCUUCUGUUCCUAUCUUAUUGGUUGUGUUUCGUUUUGUUUUGGCCAAAUGUGUAUGAAUUUCACCUAGUGUGCCAUUGAAAAKAAAAAUGUAAGGAGUAGAACAAUGUUGCUUUGUCUUAUUUUCUUACAUGAUAAAACUAAAUGAAUAACUUUGGAAAAUGACAUAUCCUCUGCUAAAUGCCCACUAUGUUUUUGUCUGCUCUCAGUACUGUUGAUACAGGCCUUUUAAAACUCAA